AUGAUCGGAUCGUCCGAGACGGAAAUGUACAUGCAAUACGAGUACUACAUCUUGCUGUACUCAAGUGAUCUACUAUCGCAACAGUCGAAUGGCUUGGUGACAGCUCAUAUCUACAUGAUCUUACAGAGUAAAUACUCUAGUUUGGACAGAAUGGUCAAGCCAAGCCAAAAUUUCAUUUCUCUACAAGCUCAACCGUUGCAGCAUCAUCCAAUUAAAUAUCCCCCAGUCACCCCUCGCGACACCCCACUACUACCCGCCUAA